GGUCCCCCAAACCCCACGGACGUCUCUCUCUCUCUCUUCUUCUUCUCUCACUUAUUCUCUAUGAGAGCUUGGCACCUGCACCACCAUUUACCGUCUGCAAGUUUCAGGGUGUUAAACUGUGCUUCAGAGGACUAAAAAAAAAAAAAAAGACCCCCACCCCCCCUCCUCCAUAUAUUACAGCUUACAGAGGACCCCCCCUCCCCUCCCUUUUUGCUGCAGCCACUACUUCUUCUUCUUCUACUACUACAACACCAGCAGCAGCCAUCGACCACCGUUCACUGCGGCUCUUGGACGAUCAGCGUUGUGUUUAUGUCUUUGUUUUGCGAAAACGAGCUGUUGCGCAGCCGUUGGAACCUGUGUGGUGGAAAUCUAGCCUUCAAGCAAGGAGCUUGCGGCCACAGCGGCACAACGUUUUUCAUGUCAGAGACCGAGCACGCUUGCAGUCGUUUAUGUCAUCCCCUCUUUUCCAGACAGAAGAUCCCGAAAAAUCCCCAACCAAGAUCCUUUUAUCUUACUGAUAGUGCUAACAUCCAGCUAAAAUGUCUGUCAACGUCAACCGCAGCGUGUCAGACCAGUUCUAUCGCUACAAGAUGCCCCGUCUGAUUGCCAAGGUUGAAGGCAAAGGGAAUGGAAUCAAGACGGUCAUUGUCAACAUGGUUGAUGUUGCAAAGGCAUUGAACAGGCCUCCAACAUUCCCGACCAAGUUUUUUGGUUGUGAACUCGGCGCUCAGACCCAGUUUGAUUCCAAAAACGACCGUUACAUCGUCAACGGAUCCCACGAGGCGAACAAGUUGCAGGACAUGCUUGAUGGGUUCAUCAGAAAAUUUGUGCUGUGUCCCGAGUGUGACAACCCUGAAACUGAUCUGAAUGUCAACCCCAAGAAACAAACCAUCGGCACCGCCUGUAAGGCCUGUGGAUACCGCGGCAUGCUUGACACCAGACACAAACUCUGCACGUUCAUCCUCAAAAACCCACCAGAGAUUGAACCUGGAUCCGCAUCUGCAAAGAAAGAGAAGGAGAAGAAGAACCGUAAGAAGGACAAGGAGAACGGCUCUGGCAGCGGAGAGGCAGGGAAUCAAGACAACUUUGACGCUCCUCAAGCCGUGGACGGAGAUGACGACGAUGAGGACUGGGCGGAGGAGACUACAGAGGAGGCACAGAGGCGACGAAUGGAGGAGAUCAGUGACCACGCUAAGAACCUCACGCUCAGCGAGGACCUGGAGAAACCCCUGGAGGAGAGGGUCAACCUGUUCUACAAUUUUGUGAAACAUAAGAAGGAGAGUGGAACCAUCGACGCGGCUGAUAAGGAGAUCUUGGCGGAGGCGGAGCGACUGGAUGUGAAGGCUAUGGGCCCCCUCAUCCUCAGCGAGCUGCUCUUCAACGAAAACAUCCGCGACCAGAUCAAGAAGUACAAACGGCACUUCCUGCGAUUCUGCUUCAACAACAAGAAAGCCCAGAAGUAUCUGCUGGGAGGCGUUGAGUGUUUGGUGAAGCUGUACCAGGUCCAGCUGCUGGCGCGUGUUCCCAUCAUCCUCAAAGACCUUUACGACGCAGAUCUGCUGGAGGAAGACGUCAUAUUCGCCUGGGCAGAGAAGGUUUCUAAGAAGUACGUCUCUAAGGAGCUCGCCAAAGAGAUCCACGCCAAGGCUGCUCCUUUUGUCAAAUGGCUGAAGGAGGCAGAGGAGGAGAGCGAGGGCAGCGACGAGGAAGAGGAGGAGGAGGAUGAGAACGUGGAGGUGGUUACUCGUCAUCCGCCCGCGAGCUCAAAGUGGAAACUGUGAAACCGGACACGCCUGAAAAAGACGAGGACGACAUCGACAUCGACGCGAUCUGAUCUGAGAGAGGACUUCUGGCUUGAAGACGACGACGACGAUGAUGAUGAAGAUUGAAGCCGAUGCUUUCUUGUGUUGUGGCUUUGAAUCACGAUGCCCUGUACCACCUAAAAAUGGCUGGCCUUUCCCCCUCUCCUCUUUUACACCCAACCCCUUCCCCCCCUUCUCUCUCUCUCUCUCUCCCUCUCUCCCCCCCCCCCCUCCCUUUUCCUCGACCCCUUCAACCCCCCCCCUCUGCUUUGUGGCAUGACUUAACAUAGCGCUUUACUUGCUGCACAUUAACUCUGUAAUUUUGAGAUGUAUUCAGUUGAUGAGAUGAAGUCGCUUUUUGGGGAUUUUAAUCAUGGUGUUUCGGGGAUCAUUUGACUGCACUUUUUUCUUUUUUUUCUUUUUGGUUUUCUUUUUUGUUUUUUGUUUUUGGUCCCUGUAUUUUCAGUCAAUAAAGAAUGAAUGUUUUGCUAUCCACAACA